AUGAUCAACGUGCUCAUAUCAACGUUUCACGGGCUGGGGUUGCCCUCAACCCUGGCUCUGCCAGUGCCCCCGACAGCCACCGGUUCGGAUCUCUGGGAGCACCUGAUAACCCGUCUGCCCUGUUCACAUGACAGGUUACAGCUCACAACUCUCGCAAAUGAGGAGAUUUUGGCUUCUUCAACUAUUCCUGUCUCAUCGCUUGUAUCGAGUUGCUAUGAUGAACUGCUGUCGCUUCGGCUUUCCGUUCCCCUGCUUGGUGGCAAAGGAGGCUUUGGGUCUCAGCUCCGAGCGGCGGGAGGUCGCAUGUCUUCCAAACGAAGAAAGAACCAGGGGGACAGUAAUGCUUCCAGCCGAAACCUCGACGGACGGCGAAUCCGGACCGUCACCGAGGCCAAAGCACUGGCGGAGUAUCUCGCGAUCAAGCCAGACAUGGAGCGCAAAGAGAAAGAGAAGCGACGCCAGCGUUGGGAACAGAUUGUCGAGAUGACAGAGCGCAAGGAAGAGGAGAUACGACACGGCUCAAAGGGGAGGCUUGAUGGUAAAUGGGUCGAGGACAAGGAGGAAGCCGGUGAACGGACACGCGAUGCCGUUCUUGCUGCCAUGAAGGCCGGCAAUUUCAAGGACAACCUGAUGAGCACAUCCAGCGACUCCAAGUCGAGCGAACUGGACGAAGAGAUGUCCACAGACGAGGAUGCAGAGAAGGAACUAUCCGAGAGCAGUUCAAAGGCUACAACGCCUCCUUCUGGGUCAGAGCAACAAGACAAGGGUAAGCGGAGGACGUUCUUUGGCUUUGAUGAAGACGACGAGUUUAUGAGCUCGGAGGACGACGAGGAAGCCCCCAAAGAGACAAAGUAG